AUGGUCGGCGAGGACUACGACUACAACUACGAGACUGGGGAAAUCCGGAACUGGGACACGACUACAGCAGCAGCCGGCCGGUUCGAGACCAAAUCGCGGACGACCGCCAGUCCGUCAUCGCGGCCAUCCCGGACCGGAGCUGUCGUGGCUCAUGGAGCCACCAUCAGGUGCCGGGCUCACUUCUUUGGCAUACCACAAUCUGCACCGGUGACACUGUGUACGGUUGGCUAUGGUGAUAUUGUGCCCAUCACGUGGAAGGGCAAACUCAUCGCAUCUGCGUGUGCCUUAUUAGGAAUAUCGUUCUUCGCCCUGCCGGCGGGUAUUCUGGGCUCGGGUCUGGCCCUGAAGGUGCAGCAGCAGCAGCGCCAGAAACACAUGAUCCGGCGCCGCCACCCGGCUGCCAUCCUCAUCCAGUGUCUCUGGCGCUGCUACGCUUCUGACGAGCACUCGCUCUCGGUGGCCACGUGGCGAAUACAUCAGAUCCCCUACCCCAGCCCGCCCACUUUCAAGCACAACGCGUCGUUCGUGUCUCGUUUGCCGACAAUCCGUCGGAGCCGUCCGUUGAACACAUCCGCUCAGCUGGCGGCCGCCCGGGCCCGCCAGACGGACGUCAACUCGUCCCUGGAGAACAUGGGCUCGGCCAGGUUACACCCCAGUCACAGUGAAGACUCAGUGACUAGGGACAGUUCAGACGUGUCGCUCGGAGUAAAAAAGAACUCAGACGAUGAGGAGGAGGACGUACAACCGAGGGUGACCCAGCUCACCACGCAGCACAAGAACGCCAUCCGUGCUCUGCGGAAGAUUAAAUUCUUAGUGGCUAGGAAGAAGUUUAAGGAGGCUCUGAAGCCGUACGAUGUGAAGGAUGUGAUUGAGCAGUACUCGCAGGGCCACAGUGACCUGCUGGCCAGGGUUCGCACUCUGCACGGAAGGCUGGAUGUUAUACUUGGGAAACAAGGAUCAAAAGCGAGGGACGUGUACGACUCCAAGAUCAGCUUGGCUUCCAGGGUUGUUAAAGUGGAACGGCAGGUGGAAGACAUCGAGGGCAAGCUGGACCAGCUACUGGAGAUGUAUAUGGAGGAUCGGCGGCGUCUGCUGGCUGCCCUGCCCGUGUCGCCGCCGCCGCCGCAGCCGCCGCCGCCGGAGCCGGCGCCGGCGCCGCCCUCCGCCAGUCCUCCGGCCGCCCCCGCCCCCGCCACCGCCCCGCCGUUCCUCAGCCAGCCGCCCACCUGUUUUCCCCUGCCGGGUCCGAUGCCUAAGUCGAUCCUGGUGGACAAACAGUCCUCGGAGCCGACCACGCCCAUCUACAAGCACGCCCGGCUGCCGGUCAUCUCGCGGGGCAACAGCGAUGUGGCGCAGCGGGUCAAGAAAAAGGUCACGCUCAGGCACUCGCUGCCGGGCGAGACGGAGCCGCUGCUGACGGUUCCGACCAGCUUUCUGGAGGCGCCCGAGGGCUUUCAGAGCCCGCCCCAGGUCACUGUCGAGUCGGAGCUCAGUUUUCCCGACUCCGUCAUCGACUCGGACUCUGGUGACCGCGGCAGCGACAGUGACGCCAGUGUGCGCGUGCCCAGCCCGUGCCAGGCGUUCGUCGAGGACGACACGCUGCCCGAGCCGCGCUCGUCGGCGGCCGCUCAGACGGGUCUGGUACUCGUGGUGCCGACGCUGGUGAACGGCUUCGGCGCCGCGCCCGGCCUGAACCCGGCCUGACCGGGCCGGCCCGGUGUCCGCGCAAUACUCCCCGCUGUGAGCGGCCCGACCGCGCCAUUCCAGCCGACCGCACGCGACUCCACUAGCGGCCCAGUGAUAUGCCACCACGUAUUUUCUGCAGAUGUUUUGCAAGUGCGUUUCUUCAUAAGCGACGUUAGUGAGCACAGUAGCUGGCGCCGCGGCGCCACCCCCGCCGCCGCACAUGUUUUUAUACGGGACAGAGAGAGUGACUGAUUGUGCGCGCCGCCCGCGACCGGCGCCGCCCUGAGAGCGUCGUUACUCGUUACAUAAUCAAAAUUAGACGGUAGUACAAUAUACCGCGGCGGCGCGCGCCCAGUGCAUUGUGAUAUUUCUGGGGAGUGUGUCUGGGGGGAUAUUUAUUUGAAAGUGUGUACGACUGCGUAUCUCUCUGGUCCUCUGUGCUGCGGCCGUCUCUGCGGCGGCCGCUGACGGUCGGUCGGGCGGCCGGCCGGUCCUGGCGGCGGCGGCUGACCCGCAGAGCCCCGGGCGCCGUCCCACGCCGGGGCCGGCCGCUCCCCCGCCGGCGCGCUGCUCCGCUGCUCCCAUCCGGACACUGCUGACGCUCCUCCUCCGCAACCGCCGACGCCGCGGCGUUUUAUCACAAUCUACAAUACACGGUGAGACAAGCUC